AUGGAUGAACCGACAAUCCAAAUCAUCACUCGCCCACCAGAGCCGCCGGAUGAUGAGCCCAAACCUGAACCGCAAGUCGUCUGGCGCGAUGAACACGGAAAGAUUUACUUUCGCCACAAUCCAACGCUUCCUAUGCUGCGAUAUCCCAACAGCAAGGCCGCGAUAGAGAAGCCCGAUGAUACUAGAUGCAAAGAUUGCACUCGCGAGUGUCUCGUGGCGAUCCCAAACGAAAGAAUUGAGAAAGAGAUCCGUGAUCUUGAACUUGAGAAUGACAAAGCAGGUCAAGAUGCCAAACCUAAGAAUCCCAAGUAUAAUUUCGACAGGGAAAUGGCCAUGCUGUCGAGAAAAGGGGCCAGCAAGGUCGACCUCUACAAAGCCACCAAGCGGCCUAAUAAGAAAGAAACUCUUGAUCAUAUUCUAAAUGAAAGGGACGCACUCAAGAAAGAAAAAGUCGACCUCUCAAGGGAGAGGGCCAACCUGAUCAAAGCACUCAAGGUCAAGAAAGCGGACAAGAUCAGAGACGAAACACCACCCAACAUCACGGAAAAGAACGUCGAAGAAUUGAAGAAACUCUCCGAGUUCAUCAGCGCCAGAAUCAAACGGUGGAAUAAACACGAUGAUCCCAAGAGUGCGCAGAUGGCGAAAGAGGAGGACAAGUAUACCCUCGAGGCACUGUACAAGCACCUCCCAAACUCUUUCGUCGACUUCGAAUAUGAAGAGGAGUUGGACGUGUGCCGUGUCCUGGACUUACCUUGCUAUGGGAGAGCUUUUGGUGAGGAUAUUGAGGACCAUCUUCGUGGACCGGAGCAUAUGGCCUGGGAUAAUUCGAUGAAGGGGAGAGUCCCGCUCUGUCUCCAGUACAACCGAGUGAAGCGGGAGGUCGAUAACGGUCUUUCAUACCAGGAGGGCUUGUUGGCGGAACUUGCUGUUGACCCUUAUUCCUACUAG